CAGCCCCCCUCGCCCAUGACGUCACCGGACUCCCCGCCGCUGGCCUCCCCGUCCCCCCCCCCCUCGCCCACCCCCUCCUCCCCGGGGCCCUCCUCCCAGCUGCCCCAGCAGCCCUCGCUGCCCCCCACGGGGGAGGUGAUGGUGCUGGCCCUGGGGCGCAGGAAGCAGCGCGUGCUCAUCGCCCUCAGCAUCCUGCCCAACCUCUUCCUGGCCUUCCUGCUGUCGUCGGACCCGCUGCUCACGCUGGCCCCGCCCCACCACUGCCACCUGGCCGGCCCCCUGGUGGUCAACGUCUCGGUGCCCUGGGAGCGCGGCGGCCGACCCGGGGAGGAGGGCCGGCCCUCCCGCUGCCAGCAGUACGUCAACGGGAGCCCCCCCGCGGUGGACUGCACGGCGGGCUGGGACUACAACGUCACCGAGGGCCUGCAGCACAACAUCGUCACCGAGUGGGACCUGGUCUGUGGACAGUACUGGCUGGUUCCUGUGGAGGAGGUCUGCUUCAUCCUGGGGAUGCUGACUGGAUGUCUAGGCCUGGGCUUUGCUGCUGACCGGCUGGGCCGGUCCAAGGCGCUGCUGACCUCCCUGACCCUGUCCGUGGUGUUUGGGGUCCUGGUCUGCGUGGCGCCGUACCCCUCGGUCUUCAUCGCCAUGCGCUUCGCCCUGGCAGCAGCGAGCGCCGGAGUCUACCUCACCCUGUACCUCACGCGCCUGGAGCUGUGCGAGCCGUCCCUCAGGCUGCUGAUGACGGUGCUGGCCGGUCUCCUGAGCGUGGCCGGGGAGCUGCUGCUGCUGGCCGUGGCCCUGGGCUUCCAGAGCUGGAGGGGCCUUCUGGGGGCCGGCGCCGCCCCCCUCACACUCUUCCUCUGCUACGGGGUUCCCGGGGUGUUCCCGGAGUCUCCACGCUGGCUGCUGCUGGCCGGCCGGUCCGAGGACACGACCUCCUUCAGCGGGAGGAGAGGCUCCAGCCGAGAGAGCCGGGACGACGAGAGCUUCACAGAGCUGGACCUGGAGCCCAGCGGCUGCAGCCGGCCACGCCUGUCCUACCAUGAGCUCUUCCACAGCAGGAACAUCUGGAAGAACAUCUGCGCUGGCUUCACCUCGUUCAUUUCCCAUGGCAUCAGUCACUGCUACAGCUCGUUCCGCGGGGACGUCCGAGGCGACGCCCCCAGCUUCUAUUGGACCUACCUGCUGUCCGUCUGUGCGGGGGGCGGGGCCUGGCUGCUGCUGUGGGCCACGGUGGACCGGUGCGGUCGCCGGGGCAUCCUGCUGCUCUCCAUGACGAUGACGGGGCUGGCCUCGCUCAUCCUGCUGGGGCUCAUGGACUAUCUGAGCGAGACGGCCAUCACGGUGUUCUCCGUGCUGGGGCUGUUCUCCUCGCAGGCCACCGCCUCGCUCUGCAUCUUCUUCACGGCAGAGAUCAUGCCCACCGUCAUCAGGGGAACGGGCGUGGGCGUGGUGCUGGCGCUGGGCUGCGUGGGCCGCCUCAGCUCUCCGCUCAUGGACCUGCGGAACCACUACGGGUACUUCCUGCACCACGUGGUCUACUCCUCGCUGGCGCUGCUGGCCGUGCUGUCCAUCCUGCUGCUGCCCGAGAGCAAGAGGAAGACGCUGCCGCAGACACUGGCCGACGGCGAGCAGUACCGCCGCCCCCCGCUGGGCCGCAGGAGGCGGGACAACGUGCCCCUGCUGGUCACGCCCAACCCGGAGACCUAGCCGCCUGGCCGGGGGGGGGAGGGGGAGGGGGACCGAGAGACUUGGUUCCCGGCUGAAGGACGCUGGAGAUCUGGGGGGGGACCCCGAGACCUGGGGAGGGGGGACCCCGAGACCUUACCUCUAGCGCUGGCGAUCCAGACAUCUGGGGAGGGGUCCCAGAGACCUUACCCCCAGUGGAAGAGUCCCACUUUAUCCCUAGGGGAGUUGACCCCAGAGACUUUAUCCCUAGGGGAGUUGACCCCAGAGACUUUAUCCCUAGGGGAGUUGACCCCAGAGACCUCACCUCUAGGGGAGUUGCCCAGAGACCUCACCUCUAGGGGAGUUGACCCCAGAGACCUCACCUCUAGGGGAGUUGACCCCAGAGACCUCACCUCUAGGGGAGUUGGACCCCAGAGACCUCACCUCUAGGGGACUGGACCCCAGAGACCUCACCUCUAGGGGAGUUGGACCCCAGAGACCUCACCUCUAGGGGGCUGGCCCCCAGAGACCUCACCUCUAGGGGAGUUGACCCCAGAGACCUCACCUCUAGGGGAGUUGACCCCAGAGACCUCACCUCUAGGGGAGUUGACCCCAGAGACUUUAUCCCUUGGGGAGUUGACCCCAGAGACUUUAUCCCUUGGGGAGUUGACCCCAGAGACCUCACCUCUAGGGGAGUUGACCCCAGUGACUUUAUCCCUUGGGGAGUUGUCCCCAGAGACCUUACCUCUAGGGGAGUUGACCCCAGAGACUUUAUCCCUUGGGGAGUUGUCCCCAGAGACCUCACCUCUUGGGGAGUUGACCCCAGAGACUUUAUCCUUAGGGGAGUUGACCCCAGAGACUUUAUCCUUAGGGGAGUUGACCCCAGAGACCUCAGCUCUAGGGGAGUUGACCCCAGAGACCUCACCUCUAGGGGAGUUGACCCCAGAGACCUCACCUCUAGGGGAGUUGACCCCAGAGACAUCACCUCUUGGGAGGUGGACCCCAGAGACCUCAACUCUUGGGGAGUUGACCCCAGAGACCCCACCUUUAGAGGAGGGACCCCAGAGUUGGGGAGGGGUGGGGGGGGUCCUAACCCAGCGAUCCUGUUGAACCGGGACCACAGACAAACACGCACACACAACUACACAUACAAACCUACACACACACAGCUACACACAACACACCUACACACACAGGUCUUUAGCGCCCUCUUGUGGUCAGCUUCUCACACUGCACCUUGUAACACGGGACUCCUAUGGGGUUAUGUGUGUGGUCCAUUAGUCUUAGAGGCGUUGCACCGCCUUGUAGCAACACGUGUGUCAGUGUUGGUGCCAACAUGAUGUUACGUCUAGUCCUGUGUCUACACUCCAUGUUCCCGUAGAACCUUCUGGACCGAUGUGGUGUUCACCCCUACAGGCUGUGGUCCUUUCGACCACGAGUGAUGAACACACACCUUAAGGAGCCUCCUCAGACCUGCUGAGGUCGCUAGUAGGGCCAUGUUGGAUUUAGGCGGACUGGAGCACAUGGACUUGACUGCAGUGCGGAGGUCCGGCCAGCAGGGGCAGCACUGAGGAGGCCUCAGUCCUUUCUGUUUGUACUGGAAGAAUGGCAGAACGUCUCACUGGUGUUUUACUGGUGUAGAAUCCGUCACUGAUGGUGCGCCGUCACAUAACUUGAACUGUAUGUGAUUUAGAUAAGUUAAACCCAUGUCCUGAAACCCGUUGGAGGGUUAGCAGUAGAAGCUCCUCACUAACUCUGAUGCCAGUUAUAUUAUCUAUGUUUCAUGAAGGAAGGAAUGUCAGAGAUUUCUAGAUUAAAUAAAUAAACAUAAUUGUAACUCUAA